AGGAUGAUCAAGCUGUUCUCGCUGAAGCAGCAGAAGAAGGAGGAGGAGUCGGCCGGCGGCACCAAGGGCAGCAGCAAGAAGGCGUCGGCGGCGCAGCUGCGGAUCCAGAAGGACAUAAACGAGCUGAACCUGCCCAAGACUUGUGAUAUCAACUUUUCAGACCCGGACGACCUCCUCAACUUCAAGCUGGUCAUCUGUCCCGAUGAGGGCUUCUACAAAAGUGGGAAGUUUGUGUUCAGUUUUAAGGUGGGUCAGGGUUACCCACAUGACCCCCCCAAGGUGAAGUGUGAGACAAUGGUCUAUCACCCCAACAUCGACCUCGAGGGCAAUGUCUGCCUCAACAUCCUCAGAGAGGACUGGAAGCCAGUCCUUACGAUAAACUCCAUAAUUUAUGGCCUGCAGUAUCUCUUCUUGGAGCCCAACCCUGAGGACCCACUGAACAAGGAGGCUGCUGAGGUCCUGCAGAACAACCGACGGCUGUUUGAGCAGAAUGUGCAGCGCUCUAUGCGGGGUGGCUACAUCGGCUCUACCUACUUUGAGCGCUGCCUGAAAUAGGGUUGGCGCCCACCCCACCCCCGCCAGGGCCACCACCCCGGCGUCCCCUGCAAAUAUUUAUUGGGGGCCACAGGUGGGGGACGUGGGGAGGCCGGUGGGGGGGUUUCCCCUGCCCUGGCCUUGCCUCCCCUCCCUGCCACCCACCCCUUGUUAUUUUUUUUUUUAACCACCAUGUGAUUAAGGUCAGCGCUGCCUCCCCCGACCUGCUCAGCGAUGGGAAAUGAAUUGGCUUGUCUAGCCCCCCUGCUGGGUGUGUCCAGCCCCCCACUCUGGGCACUGGGGUGGGUAGGCAAGGGGCCUGUGUAGCUGGGACCCCGGCACCCUACCCCUCUGCUGCCGGAGGUCCCAGCUGGCUAUUAAAGGGGAAUGUUACUGCA